AAACACACAUAAGUUGACAAUCCCGAAUUGAGGUUGUUGAAAAUGGGUAUUGUGUAUAUAUAAGCAAUCGUCGAAUGAGCACCCUAGUCGCUUGUUUACAUUCGGUGCAUUCCGGAUAAAACACACACUUUUAAUUCCUUAUUAGGGAUUGCUGUUCAAUUACAAUGAAAUUGUUCCUGCUCGUCUUUCUUGCCUCUUUGGUCUGCGUCUACUCACAACAUGGGCUCGGUCAUCACGGGCUCGGUCACCACUACGCAAACCAUGGAGGUCACGAAUACCUAGAAUCUGGUCACGGAGCUCACGGACACGGUCAUCAUGCGGCUCUGGAAGAACAUGGUGAUCAAGGAUACGCCAAACAUGGGCAUCAUGAUGAAGGCGCUCACAAGGCUUAUGGAUCCAAGCUUGCUCAUCAUGACGCACAUCAUAAACACCACGAUAAGGGAUAUUACGAAAGAAAUAAGGGAUUUGGCUACGAAAAGGCCUAUGCUUACGACAAAAUUAAAAGCCACCACGAUAAAGGCUCCUCCAGUGCUUCUCAUGGCUAUCAUCAUGCACACCACGGCAACGAGGGCCAUCACAAAUUGAUCGACGAUCACGCUCACGGAUAUUCCAAAUAUGGCAAAAACAGCCAGCAUGGAGGUCACAGCUACGGCAAGCAUGGAAAUCUCUUGAGCAAUCACGGAGCUUACCAUCGUAGCUACGAUACUAGGGGGCAUCAUGUACCGCUACCCAUCGUGGCAUCUCACAGCUAUGAACAUGCAGUGCCAAUCAUCCACAAGGGACCCAUUUAUGCAGGACAUCAUGGCUACAUUCAUUAAAACCAUACUACAUUUGUUUCUUCAUCAUGACGGUUUCAUUAGCAUGCUACUCUGCCUUGAAAAUGAGGUACAGAAAAGUGGACAUCGAUAUUAAAAAUUUCAGGAAAGGAAGACUUCAAUUCAAUUCUAAUUUAUUUGAAGAAUUUUUUGAAGCUCCUGGCAAAAAAUUUUUGAUAACAAGCUUAUAAUUUUAUAAAAGUUAAAAGUGUCAUAUUUUUAAAAUCCUCAUCAGUCUCACUUUGUAUUUUACUUACGGGUUGUCUAGCCUAAAAAUGGUGUAUAGUAUCGUAUUUAUUACCAAUCUUUGGUUGGUUUUAGCUGGGUGUAAAUUGCAUACCUGUUGAUGAGUUUGUUACUUUUGUAAAAUAAAGAGUUGAAAGAAUU